AUGAGCCGGAAGCGCUUCACAAAGAACCUGUACGAUGGACGCAUCGAACAGCUAUGCAUUCUUUCGGACUGCGAAAGAAUGACAAGCGAUGCAGAGGAGUCGGGCCAACUCUUCGCUAGAAGCCCCACUGAGAGUGAUGAUACUCUCAGUGGCAAGAGAAGCAGGAACGCUUCAACGAGCAGCGUUGCAAGAUUCCACGAGAGCACAUGGAUGUGCUCUCGGACGGGACACCCGAGGAAGAAGUAUUCCGACGCGACAGUGGCUACUGUCGCAGGAUCAUGCAAGAUGCGCGACGCAUUUCUUGGGUUCGGUGCACGACUUCGCACCGAACUGCUUCUACAUGAUACUCGUUCACAGCCCGGCUGUGAACGGGUAGAAGAAACGCGCACGGAAAUGGACCGCUUUGUGAUCGCAGCCGAUGCGGCCAAGCUGGGCAUGGCUGCUGCGCCGAUCUUGGCAGUGGUU